AAAUUUCAUAGGCCAGUUUAUGCUAUAUUCAGUUCAAUUUAUAAAUUUAGAGGAUGAAUACCUAAUAAAAGAUAGUAAUAUCUAGAAAUAAUUCAUUGGAUACAAAGGAAUUAUUCCAAUCUUUGUUCAGAAAAAUUUUAUACUUCCUAUUAACACAUGAUAUUCUACCAUUUAUAUACUACGAUUAAUAGCCAAGAAAACGUUAAUCAUCAAUUCACAAAUAUAAGCCACUAAAAUAAUAUUUUUACAGUAUAAUGACAAUCCAUAAAGCUGGGCAGUGAAAUAUAAUUACAUAUUUCUCCUUAUAAAUACUAAAUUAAAGUUUAAAAUGUUUUUGCAUAAACUUAAAUAUGAUAUCCUUCCCUAGUUUAUUUAGUUAUUUUCUAGUAAUAUCAAGCCUAAGUUAUCUAUUCCUUGCAAAAUUUAACAUAAUUUUAAAUAUUAUAUACUCAUCGCAUAAUUUUAUUUUUAACAAUUCAUGGCACAAUACCUAUCUUGAACCAUCACAAUAUUUUGAACAACGACUUCCUACUGCUAUAAUUAUUGGGGUUAAAAAGUGUGGAACUAGAGCUCUCCUUCAUUUUUUAAAAUUUCACCCACAAAUUAAAAUAUUAGGCCCUGAAAUACACUUUUUUGAUCGCUCUCAGAUUUAUAAUAAAGGAUUAGGAUGGUAUAGGAAGCAAAUGCCCUUUUCAACGGAGGAAAUGAUCACGAUCGAAAAAACACCCAGCUAUUUUGUAACCGAUAAAGCCCCUCAAAGGAUUUUCCAUAUGAAUCCUAACAUAAAAUUAUUAUGCGUAGUUAGGGACCCUGUUAUAAGAGCUAUAUCGGACUACGUUCAGUCUAUCAGUAAAAAAACUGAUCAAGAACCGCGAUCUUUCGACGAUUUGCUUUUCGACGCAAAAAUUUAUGCCUCCGCGACUAAUAUGACACCUAGAAAGAUUGAUUUUAAUAAUUAUUUAUUUUUCAAAAAUGCGAAUGCUUCAUUGAUCGGCGUCAAACCAAAGAUGAUCGACACAUCAUGGAGCGCUAUAAAAAUAGGUAUAUACGCGAAUUACUUGGCCAGAUGGUUAUCCUAUUUCCCGCGAGAUCAAAUAUUCUUCGUGGAUGGCGAGAAACUAAUUCAAGAACCGUCGCAUAUAAUGGAACGAGUAGAAAAUUUUCUAAACAUUACCCGAUAUAUGACUUGGAAACUAUUCGAAUUCGAUAAAUCGAAAAAAUUUCCUUGUAUCAAAAUGACUAAUGCUUCUAGAUCUAAGCUUUACUGUUUAGGAAACACCAAAGGUAGGACUCACCCAUCUGUAAGCAAUGACACCUUAGCUCGUUUGCACAAUUUUUAUGAGCCUCUUAAUUUACGAUUUUUCAAAAUGAUAAAUACAUCAUUCGAUUGGGGUUAAUAUGUUAAAUUUAUGAAUGUCUCGCACAUAUGAAUCUCAUUAUCAGUCUAUUAAAACCUUUUUGAUUUUAAAACAUUGCUUCAAUUAACAUUGGAAUUAUUUAUUUUUUUGUGAUAAAGAUGAAAAAUAUUGUUUAAAUUAUCAGUAUUAGAUUAGUAAUUGUCAAAUUAUGCUAUUUUAUUUAUUUUAUAAAUACUCCUU